AUGAUGAUGCACACCGAAACAACUACAAGCUGGACGUUCUUUGACGACUCACGCGACAUAAUAGCUAACGGUGCAAUGAUGAAGACAGCCGUCAGCGCUGCAGUCGUCACCCGUCCGAUGACCUCGGCGAUCAGUAUCGUGUUCUGCGCUGGAACGGGUCGGUCCGCGACCGUCUCCAUCGUUUUCACCACCCGGACGCGGAAAGCAGCAGUCAAGUUGGCAGAGAGCAAUAUCGUGGCGCUGAGCGAGCUCGAGGAACAAGAAGCAGAAGAGAUAUUAAGGCAACGUCUGCCUGGAAAAGAGCUGCUUGAAGACAUUGAGGUUGUUCACGAGUUCCUUGAGCUUCUCACCUACCUUCCUCUUGCCAUUGUGCAGGCAGCGGCCUUUGUUGUUGGAAACAACGCUCGCCUUUCUGACUACAUCGCUAUCUACCGGGGCAGCGAGAGGGAGGCUACUGAUCUCCUCAGCCAAGACUUCGAAGACCAGGGCAGGUACCGGCAGAUCAAGAAUCCGGUGGCGGUGACGUGGUACAUCUCAUUCAGCCAGAUUCGGGCGCGAGAUAGGCUGGCUGCGGCGUAUCUGUCGCUGAUGGCUUGCACGACUGGCGAGGAUGUGCCUGCGUCGCUGCUAUGGCCGGGCAGGACGGUGCUCGCAACGACAGAGGCGCUUGGAACGCUGAGCGCAUACGCAUUUAUCACCGAACGCCAGCAUCAGCAGCAGCAGCAGCAGCAGCAGCAGGGUGCGACAGGUUUUCAGCACCGCGAGCGAGCGUUCAACGUCCACCAACUGGUCCGCUUAGCCACUUGCAAUUGGCUCAAAGAGCAAGAGCGUUGGCAUAUAUGGCCACGUAAGGCGUUGGCGCAGCUGCUAGAGGUAGUGCUGUUUAGAGAUCACAAGACAAGAGAGAUGUGGACUGUAUAUCUAACGCACGCUAUACAUGUAGCAGGCCUGCCUAAAGUGUAUAAAGAUAAGAGGAGAUUAUUGCUGCUGGAGAGGGUAGGAUAG